AUUCUCCUAAUUUCAUGCCUUUAUUUCCUUCUAAAUCAAAAUAAAAGAAUGUCAUUUUUUGAGUUCAACUUCAACAUAAACUGCUACCAAUUCUUUUGAAGUCCGUCUCCCUCUUUCUUUCUGGCUUCUGCUAUGGAACUUGUACAUAAGCAGACAGUACCAAGUACAAAAACACACCUUGAUCCCUCUUUGGCCGGCGUGGAGUAGCAUCCCAUACUCCCACCUCCAAAACCCAAUUCACAAUUUACAAAACUCAACUCUAAAAUUUCCCUUUGUUCUUUUAGCAAACCCCCAAUAAAUUCUCCAGAUUUUCGUCCCAAUUCCCCCAAAAUAAACCCUAAUAAUUUCCUACCAUUCAUCUGUAAAUUACCCCCAAUAAACUCAAAAUUUAGAUGAAAAUGGCGGACAUUUCAUCUCCGUCGCCGAACCCAAUUCAAUCCAAUAAUCAAUUGAUCGAACCCACAAACCCACAACUUCAAUCAUCGUCAUCGGCUUCAGCGGCAGUUGUUGUGGGGACACCAUCUUCUUCCUCCAAUUUAAUGCAGCCUUCUCCUUCAGCAACGCCGUCUUCGGUGGAUCUUCCCCCGCAAAUCCCAUUAAAUUCGUCCCAGCAGCAGCAAUUGGUGCAGCAACAGCAGCAGCAGCAGCCGAUCCAGGUACAGCAGCAGCAGCAAUUGGUGCAAUCCCAGCAGCAGCAGCAGCAGCAAAUUCAGCAGCUUCAGCAACAGCAGCAGCAAAUUCAGCAACAGAGUAGUGGUAAUGCAGGUAAUAAUAACAGCAAUGGUGCGAAUAAUUUGAUGGCUGCUGCUGCGGUGGCGAAUUUCCAGAUGCAGCAGAGUUUGCAGAGGUCCCCGUCGAUGGCGAGGCUGAGCCAAAUGCAGCAGCAGCAGCAGCUUGGGAUGAUGAGACAACAGGCGGGGAUUUAUGGGCAGAUGAAUUUUGGUGGCAACGCGCUUCAGCAGCAGCAACAACAGCAGCAACAGCAGCAGCAGCAACAGCAGCAGCAACAACAGCAGCAACAGAUGGGGCAGAUGGCUCAGAUGGGCAGUGGGAACUUAUCAAGGUCCGCAUUGAUGGGACAGACUGGCCACCUUCCAAUGCUUUCUGGUCAAGCUGCAGCUGCUGCUGCCCAGUUCGAUUUACAGUCCCCGUUUUUGACUUCGCCACGGCAGAAGGCUGGUAUGAUGCAAGGGUCUCAACUCCAUCCUGGGAGUUCAACUGGGCAAGCUUUGCCAGGAAUGCAGGCCAUGGGGAUGAUGGGUCCCAUCUCUCAACUUAGGGCCAAUGGACCGACGGCAUAUGCUCAACAGAGGAUAAACCAGGGCCUGAGGCAGCAUUUGUCACCGCAAAGUCAACUUGCUAUCAGUCAGGUUAGACUAGAGAAAUUACAGACUCAGGGGGUCCCAAGGACGUCAUUAAUGAAUGCCCAAUUAUCUGCGUUGGCUCAGAAUGGACAGCCAGCUUUGAUGCAGAAUAGUAUAUCACAACAGCAGUGGUUGAAGCAAAUGCCAUCUCCUAAUUCUCCUUCAUAUCGUCUUCAACAGCAGAGGCAACAGUUCCUUUCGCAGCAACAGCUAUCCUCACAGUUGCACCAGAAUUCUAUGGCAUUGCCGCAGCAGUUAGCACAUAUGGUUCAACAGCAGCCACAGAUUGGGCAUUCUCAGAUCCAUCAGCACCAACAACAGACACAGUCAACCCAACAGCAACAACAGCAGCAGCCACAGCCACAGCCACAGCCACAGCCACAGCAGCAACAGCAACAGCAGCAGCAGAAUCAACAACUGCAGCCGCAGCAGCAACAACUACAAUCAGCUUUGCAUCAGCAGCAGCAGUCUCCCAGGAUGGUAGCCUCUGCAGGACAGAAGUCUCUUAGUUUGACUGGGUCACAGCCUGAUGCUACUACAUCUGGAACAACUACACCAGGGGGAAGCUCGAGUCAAGGUACUGAAGCAAGCAAUCAACUACUGGGCAAGAGAAGGAUACAGGACUUAGUUUCACAGGUAGAUCCACAAGGAAAGCUGGAUCCUGAAGUUGAAGACCUUCUUUUGCAAGUUGCUGAUGACUUUAUUGACUCGGUGACUUCAUUCGCUUGCGGCUUGGCAAAGCAUCGGAAAUCAUCAACUCUGGAAGCCAAGGAUGUAUUGCUGCAUCUAGAGAAGAACUACAAAUUGACUAUCCCUGGUUUCUCUAGUGAAGAGAAGAAACAUCAACAGAACCAUCCACCAAGUGAUGCUCACAGAAAACGUAUGGAGGUGAUACAUGCUUUGAUGGAGUCAUCCUCUGAAGCAAGUACGAGUAAUGCUGCGGAGAUGCGCAGAACAGGCAAUUGGCAACCAAGCUGUUAAGCAACACAUAGUUCUCUAAUGCAAAAGUUGGUCAACUUUCAUGGACUGAUCUGGUCCAGAAGAUGUACAAAGAAGUUUGGACCAUCACAUAAAGUACUGUGAACCUAAGUCAUAGAUGAUCUACUGUUCAACUGAUCCCAUCCUAGUUUAAUAGCUUAAUUAGAUUGACAGGAAGAAGGGGGUUAUAAGCAUGUAAACUCUCUAGGACCCCCACCCCUACUUGCCAUGUCAGUUAGGGAUUCAAACAGUAGUAGAACUGACUAUUAAUUAUAUACAUAUUUGCAUGUAAACUAAAGUUUUGGUUUAUAGGGCAAUCUCUGUGUAUAAAAUUUGCUGGAAUAUGUAUUUGGUUGAUUGUAUUUGAAUGACCUUUUCAUCUGUUUGUAAAUCUCAUUACAAAAUUGUUCUGGGGCCUGAGUCAUGGGUCCUGUACUACAACACGGAUCAUGAUUGUGAUUUA